GCCGCGCGCAGCUUUUCCUGAGAGUUUACCGGCGCAGACUCCGCGAGCAGCACGGAGAACACGCACACGCAGACUAAGGGUCUGCGGGGCGAACCUGGCGGGAUUACCGUGCUUUUAGCCCCCGCAGAGAAGCACGCGACUCAGGGGGCGCGAGAGGACACAGCGCAGGUUGGACUGGUGUGCAACAACCAUGCAGUGAAAAAUGCAGGACCUGAAGAUUUGUGCUGUGUUAAGUGGAUGAUUAUUAAACACACUGGCUCUGCUCUUUAUAACUGGAAUUAAGUAAAUGCCCCUGCUCUCCACGUCUGUGUGACUCUGUGUAAACUCUGUGGAGAUGUAAAGCUCUUGCUGUUUGUUUAAAACUGAGGGAGCUCCAGUGAUGGAGCCUGAGGCUGAGGCCCCUGAGGGCUCCGGACCCGGAGCCCCCGCAGCUCAGCGCAUCAGACCCUCCUCGUACCGGGCGCUGCGCAGUGCCGUGUCCAGCCUCGCACGCAUCGAUGACUUCUCCUGCGAGAAGAUCGGCUCAGGUUUCUUCUCAGAAGUGUUCAAGGUGAAACACAGGAUCACAGGGCAGGUCAUGGCCCUGAAGAUGAACACUCUGGCCAGUAACAGGGCUAACAUGUUGAAAGAAGUGCAGCUGAUGAACCGACUCUGUCACCCAAACAUCCUCAGGUUUGUGGGAGUGUGUGUACACGAAGGACACCUCCAUGCUCUCACAGAGUACAUUAAUGGUGGUAAUCUGGAGCAGCUGCUGGACAGUGAUGUGCAUCUGUCCUGGUCUGUGAGGAUGGGCCUGGGUCUGGACAUCGCCCGGGGACUUCAGUACCUCCAUAGCAAAGGCAUAUUCCACAGAGACCUGACCUCAAAGAAUUGCUUGGUGCGCUGGGAUAAUGGAGCUUGCACUGCUGUUGUUGGGGACUUUGGACUGGCAGAAAAAAUUCCAGAUUACAGUGACGGGUCACAGAAGCAGCCGUUGGCCAUCGUGGGGUCCCCCUACUGGAUGGCUCCAGAAGUGCUGAGAGGGGAGCUGUAUGACGAAAAGGUGGACGUUUUUGCUUUCGGGAUCAUCCUCUGUGAGGUGAUUGGUCGGAUCCAGGCAGAUCCAGACUUCCUACCGCGCACAGAGGAUUUUGGUCUGGAUGUUGAUGCAUUUCAGCACAUGGUGAGAGACUGUCCCCCUGCAUUCUUCAAUCUCGCCGUCACCUGCUGUAGUAUGAGGGCCCAGUGUCGUCCCCCUUUCUCUCUGAUAGUGGCCGAGCUGGAGGAAAGAAUGAGUGCUGGACAGCAGACAGAGCAGGCAGUGCCUGUUAAAGAACCCGUUUCCCCUACCACGCAGUCACCAAUCUAUAGAAGGUUGUCUCUGCACUCCCCAGCAGAUGGCCGUCUGUCCCGCAGUAAAUCGGACAUGCUCCCCCCUCACCCUGCCCAGGUCACCCCCACACGGGUCAACCCCUUCUCCCAGCGGCACGACCUGAACGGCGGACGCAUCAAACUCUUCGACACUCCGAGCAAAUCUGUCAUCUCCCUCACCUUCACCUUGCCCCCGCCUCAUGACCCCUGCAGCCCCUCCCGGUGCAGGAAGGCCCCGCUUCGGCUCCACAGGCGCUGCCAGUCGUUGCCCUGCACACCGGAGGACAUCCAGUCGUUAAGAAGUAACAGUGAGAGUGAUUCAUAUGAGCAUAGUCUGAGUGGAAAGGGUCCAGAAGCUAACGAUGAAACAUCUAAAGCUCCCAAUCUACCAGACAUGGACAGCGACAGUGUGGUCAACCUUUACACUGAGAUAGAACAUGACAGUGUGUUCAACACGCCUAAAGAUACAAAGAGUGGUGAGACACACAUCCUGCUUUCUGUGGACAGCAGUGUUCCAAACGGUCCCAGUUCUCCUCAUGAGCUUCAAAGACCAAUAAACUGUGUGUCGGGACCAAUGGAGGAGUCCGAGAACGACCAAGGCAUUCAUGUAAAAGACUCCAUUCAGGAAGAACUGGAAGAGGAGGACCACAAGGAGAAGAUUAAGAAGGGUAAUGGCCUUCUAGCUGAUGACUCCGGUCUUCCUUUAGACCUUGAGGUAAUGUCCAUAGACAGGCUCACUGAGGAGAGUGUGGAGGAGGGGAUGGACUGCAGCAGCUCCUCCAGCACACCAGAUGGCGCUCUCCCUGAUUCACCAAAACCCUUCACAAAUGGUUGGAGCCCUCCUGUAUUGAAUGGCCCCCCUUCUCUGCCCCCUUUACCUGACUUGGACAACAACAACAGCCCGGUGCAGCCCUCAGACCAGGCCGGAAAUGGUUUUCGGGGCGCCGCCACCUCUCCCGUGACCCCUCCAGAGCAGGAGGAUGUCGUGGCCUGCUCUGGCUGCUGCCUGGCGGGCUUCAGUUUUCCGUCCAUAUGUGCCCGUGGACCGCACAGGAACCCGUACAAGAACUUGAACGAAGACUCUGCUGCGAAGAGGCUGCUGUGCAGAGUCCAGCUACCUUCACCAGCUGAGCCUAGCCUCGCUCUCCCCAGCACACACACAUAAAAGUGGACACUUGUAUUAUUUGUCAUUUGUUGUAACUUCAAGAGGCACCUUACAUACUCCUGCUGUUGCUUUAUAAUGCCGAUGCGUUAAUGUGAUGGGCGGGGCUUAUUUGGGCUGUUUAGUGAUCUGACUCUGUUUGAAAUGCCCCUCCCACUUUGGUUUAACUUGAAUGUGCCCAUUGGCCCUUGGGAAUGGAUGGACAGACAGACAGUCAGUCUGUUGAGCAAACGAUGUCUUACUGAGGAGUGUUGUAAAUAUGAUUACUCCUUUUUUUUUUUUUUCAUACAACAGUUGAGCUGUUGAUUUCGACCCUGAAGCAAGAAGGUGCUGUGCAUUGAUGUACUUAUUAUGACCGUGUGUGUGUGUACAUGUGUUUUGUGUGUGUGUGUGUGUGUGUGUGUGUGUGUGUGUGUGUGUAUGUAUGUGUGCGUGUGUGUAUGUGUGCAUGGAUGUGUGAAGAGAGAGAGUGAUGCACUUGAUGAUGAUGUUGAGUAAUAACUUAUUUUCCUUUCUGUUUGGUCUUUAUUGCCUUGACUUUCUUUAAUUGCACCUGAGAUGCUGAUUAUUGUCAUGGUUGUUAUUUUGAACUUUGUAAAGAAUGCAAAAUUUUGAGGAUGCGAAAAUGUAUUAUUUUAGUAAAUGAAAGUAAAUGCCAUUAAAAUAUGAUUGGUAUCAAACUCGCUCCACUAGA